AUGGAGACUGAGAAACGGAUUGUGUCUGAGUCGAGCUAUGACACUGUUGCGUCGGAGGUUGUUUUCGACAACCAGGCCGCGCUUAUCAGUGACGAUGUCCAGACAGUCUGUUCAUCCAAGUAUAAUCCAGCAGCAAGCACUCUCAGGCGUCAUAGCCAUAAGAAAACCAACUCUUCCGCGACAGUGUUCUACGAGAACCCAUACAAGCGCACACGCACGGCCAGAUCGUCCAUGAAACGGCUCACAAUCACGUCCAACUGGGGAAUCGACGAGAAACAGGACCAGCGUAACAGCCAGAUCAUGAAGCAGCUGAUGGCCGGCGACACGAGCUCGCUGGCGUCUUCACAGGUGUCGCUGGGUCACCGGUCCGCGCAGCUGGUGGACUCGAGCGUGGUUCCGUUUGCGACGUCACGUGCUGCAUCGCUGCGUCGCCAGCUCUCAAAUCGCACUGUGAAGCCGUCGGUGGGUAGUCUGCAGCGGUCGAACGCCGUGAAGCGCAAAGAAGGCUGGCUCACGAGCCUGCGUAAAAGGAUCCGUCAAUGGAAGAGCCGCGCGGUUCAGAAAUGGCGGAGAGUGCGCCAGCAUCGUCUGUUUGGCCGUCGCAGAGCCAAGCCGGCUCUGCAGAUUUCUGCGCCGAUCCUGCCCGCCCUUUCGCGCCAGGGAACCGUCCGGCGUGUCUCGCGUACACCAACCGUCUCGCACACACAGAAGAAACAGGCCAUGGACCGUCUCAUCAGAAGAAGCCAGGACAACCUGAUCGACCGCCCCGACCUGGACCAGCUCCAGCCGCUCCUGGACAUGUGGUCGCAGUACUUGAAGAACGUGAUCGGCAACCGGAUCCAUCUCAAGCUCGACCUCAACCAGCUUUCCAGACCAACAGCCGCUACCCACGAACGCAAGGAGAGUCUGCUCGGCUCGAUCCUGGCAGAUUACGUCAGCACCGACGAAAGCGACACCAACAGCAUGGUUUCUGAGCAGAGCGAUGCAGUGUCGGUCUCAACGGCGGAAUCGUCGAUCCUGGACGAUGCUCCGGGGUACCUGGGCGUUAAGGGUUCGUGGAACUCGGAGUUAAAUCGGCAUGAUAGCGGAGCCUUUUCUUUCGCUCCUUCGGUAACAUAA